AUGAAGUGGACUAUAGCAGGCGUUCUGCUCGCUCUCUGCGACAAAAUAACAGCAUGGCCAUACGACGAAGAUCUUACAGAGUACAAUCUGAACGAGAACAAGACAGCCACGACACCUACUGAAUACUGGGGAGAGUGGCCAAAUCACGAAUAUUUCCCAUCUCCGGACAAUUGGCGUGUUCCGAUCUACUCGUUGUUCCUUGAUCGAUUUGUUAACGGCGAUCCAACGAACGAUAACAUCAACGGCACAUACUACGAACAUGAUCUGAACUCAAACCAAAUGCGUCAUGGAGGUGAUGUGGUUGGACUCGUCGAUACCCUUGACUAUCUUCAAGGAAUGGGAAUUAAGGCUAUAUACAUUGCAGGAACGUCACUAAUGAAUCAGCCCUGGGGCUUCGAUGGGUAUUCGGCUCUCGAUACAACGCUUUUGGAUCAACACUAUGGGCAAAUAUCUACUUGGAGAUCAGCCAUUACGGAGAUCCACAAUCGAGGCAUGUAUGUCAUCUUUGACAAUACACUUGCAACAAUGGGUGACUUGAUCGGAUUCGAAGGCUUUCUAAACACGACAGCCCCAUUUUCGUUUCAAGAACAUAAAGUCGAAUACAAAAGCUCUCGUCGGUAUGCCGAUUUCAGCUUCGGAAACACAUACAACUCAAGCUGUGAUUAUCCACAGUUCUACAACGAGACCGGCUAUCCUGUGGACAGUUAUGUGUACAACGAGUUGAAAGGUUGUUACAACAGUGACUUCGAUCAGUACGGCGAUAUAGAAGCUUUCGGUGUCUUUCCCGAUUAUGAGCGUGAACUGGCCAAGUUUGCUUCAGUUCAAGACCGUCUUAGGGAAUGGGUUCCAUCUGUUCGGGAAAUACUCAUUCGGCAUGCAUGCAUCAUCAUCGCAUCCCUAGACGUUGACGGUUUUCGCUUCGAUAAGGCAACACAAGCAACAGUCGAUGCUCUAGGUGAUAUGGCUGAGGGCUGGCGCCAAUGCGCCCGGGCUCAUGGAAAAGAGAACUUUUUCCUUUCAGGUGAAAUUACCGGUGGAAACAGUUUCGGUUCUAUCUACCUUGGAAGGGGAAGACAACCAGAUAUGUGGCCUAGUAAUGUUCAAGAUGCUGUACUCAUGACAAACGACUCUUCGGAUAAAUACUUCAUUCGCGAGCAUGGUCAGCAGGCAAUUGAUGGAGCUGCUUUCCAUUACACAGUGUAUCGCACCCUUACCCGGUUCUUAGGGCUUGAUGGAAAUCUUGCUGCUGGAUACGAUUUACCUCCGGAUUGGGUAACUAUGUGGAAUCUCAUGCUUUUGUCUAAUGACCUGGUGAAUGCCAACACGGGAAAAUUCGAUCCGCGCCAUAUGUAUGGAACAACCAAUCAGGAUGUUUUCCGGUGGCCUGCUAUCAAAAAUGGCACAGAAAGAAUGCUAUUGGGGAUGUUCAUCACCACACUUCAUAUGCCCGGUGCACCACUCGUUCUAUGGGGUGAAGAGCAGGGUUUUUAUAUCCUCGAUGCGACAGCAGACAACUAUGUUUAUGGUCGUCAGUCUAUGUCUGCUGCCACAGCGUGGUGGUCUCAUGGUUGUUACAGGGUUAAUGUCACCCAGUACUUUGAGUUCCCCUUGGAAUCUGCCUUGAAUGGCUGCGAGGAUAUCACAGUCACAUACGAUCACAGAGACCCAGCUCAUCCACUACGAAACAUCAUAAAGCACAUGUUCCAAAUGCGGCAGCGAUUUCCAGUACUAAACGAUGGAUACUUUCUACAAUCACUCUCCAAACAGACUCACGACAUCUAUUUGACAGGUUCGAAUGGCACGCCAACUGAGACGGGAAUGUGGUCUGUUCUGCGUGGCCGGUUUGAAGGCAUCCAGGAUCUGAUAAACAAUCAGUCGGUAUGGCUAGUUUAUCAGAAUGACAAUACCACAAUUAACUACAAGUUUGACUGCAACAGUUCAAACACCAACCUCUCCCUAAUUGCUCCUUUUGAUGCUGAUACAACAGUCAAGAAUUUGUUCUACCCUUACGACGAACAAACAUUGAAGAAAAGCCCAGUCAAGCUUGGAUUAGAAGGAUCUACAAACUUCAAUGGCUGUCUGGACAACUUGACAAUGGUUCCGUGGGAUUUCCGGGCAUAUGUGCCAAAGGAGGCUUGGGUUGCACCCUACCCCAUGAUCACAGAAUUCCAACCGGGACAUGACGCUCGUAUACUAUCUAGUGUUCACCCAGACGAGCCAGAGUCUGUCCCGCUUCAGCUUUUCUUCUCGGAAGAAAUGGACUGUAGUUCGGUCACAAAUUCUAUAUUGGUAAACUCUACCACUGAGUUCAAACAAACGGCCACCCUCAAUGCGUCCAGUGUUCAGUGUGAGAACGUUCCCGCCAGCACAACCAGAUUCAUUGGCGAGAUAGCGAAUGCCUGGGUAUGGAAAGCCACGCUGGAUAAUGUAUACAAUGGAAUUCACCGCGUCACUGUCGCCAAUGCAAGCAAUUCGGAGGGUAUCGCCACUGAUGCCAUUGAUCAUUUUCUGCUGCGGGUUGGUCAGCAAGAUAACCCUAUGAUUUUCAACAGUGCAAACUAUUCAAGUAGUCUUUUGCACAAAUAUGGUAACGGCAGCCUUUACGUGCAGCACCACGCCGCAGGAGCAGAUAUGUGGCGCUAUUCGACCAAUUGGGGUUCUACUUUCUCAGAUUGGAUGCCCUACUUUGGUGGAAAUGACACCAUAUCAAAACUCGACUGGUCAGGUACCACUUUACAAGAAUGGACCGGAGAACAUGUUCGUGUUGAGUACUUCAGCAGGAUGUCUGGAAGCAGUGAUUAUGUUCAGGAAGGAGACUACGACUGGAAGCCUUCGUUUCCCAGGAGAUUUCCACAUUUGUUUUGGAAUGGUCCUUAUAAUCAAUAUGGAUUUGACGCAGGGCUGAAGAAUGAAAUGAUCCAAGAUCCAAGUGACGGCUUGUGGAAAGUCAAAUUUUUGACGGAGUGGCCUGCGCAAGGCCAGGUCAACAUAUGGGGCAUCAACCCAGAUGGUAAACCCGACCAAGGCUUUGUCUACGGAGAUGCUGAUGGUGAUUCUGUCUUGGAUCGUUUGCCCCCCUCGUCUCUCUCAGCUGUUGCCAUCAACAUCACACACCCACCACCUUCAUCCCAUCUUGGAUGGGAGAUCAGAAUCAACGAUGCAAACCAACGAUUUGAGCUGCUUCCGGUUGGGUCGACCAAUGUCCAGAUAGUACUAUUUUCUCUUUUCUUGAUUGUUCCAGUUCUUUCGGCAUCUUUUGGUAUCUGGCUAUUCAUGAAAUCCUUCUACAGAGUCAAGCUAAAUCAAGUUGGUGUGACUGAGAAACGAAGUAUUCUACCUCUGGCAUUGAGAAGGAGGUUGAGACGAGAAAAACUUGAAGGCGUUGAAUUUAAGAAUCCUCUGUUGCGUUUAGCCAAUAAAUCGGGAUUUCUGCAAACGACAUCAGCUUUUGCUAGUGCAACCAACGGUGAUCGCCGACGGAUGGUCAUGAUCGCAACUAUGGAAUACGAUAUCGAGGACUGGGAGAUCAAGAUAAAAAUCGGUGGGCUAGGCGUCAUGGCACAGUUGAUGGGCAAGAACCUCAGUCACCAAGAUCUUAUUUGGGUUGUACCUUGUGUUGGUGGUGUUGAUUAUCCUGAAGACCAGAUUGCUGAGCCGAUGUUUGUGACGGUUCUUGGAAAUUCCUACGAGGUCAAGGUUCAAUAUCACGUCCUACGGAAUAUUACCUAUGUGCUCCUAGAUGCUCCCGUCUUUCGCCAACAAACGAAGGCUGAACCAUAUCCAGCACGUAUGGAUGACUUAGACAGCGCAAUUUAUUACUCAGCUUGGAAUCAGUGCAUUGCUGAGGCUAUGAAACGAUUCCCAAUCGACCUAUAUCAUAUCAACGAUUAUCAUGGCUCAUUAGCACCGCUGUAUCUUUUACCUCAGACCAUUCCUGCAUGUCUAUCACUUCAUAAUGCUGAAUUCCAAGGACUAUGGCCUAUGCGAACGCAAAAUGAAAAAGAUGAAGUCUGCUCAGUUUUCAAUCUAGAUGUCAGCGUCGCCACUCGUUACGUUCAGUUCGGUGAAGUUUUCAAUUUACUUCACGCAGGAGCCAGUUAUCUGCGCGUCCAUCAACAGGGAUUUGGUGCUGUGGGAGUCUCAAAGAAGUAUGGCAAGAGGUCUUACGCUCGCUAUCCGAUUUUCUGGGGCCUUAAGAAAGUUGGAAAUCUACCAAACCCCGAUCCAUCUGAUACUGCCACCUGGGACAAGUCUGUUCCCACAGAUGGUGAUAUCACUGUUGACCAAGACUUCGAAGCAGGUAGACUGGAACUCAAGCGACAGGCACAGGAGUGGGCGGGCCUGGAGCAAAACCCAGAGGCUGACUUACUCGUCUUUGUCGGUAGAUGGUCCAUGCAAAAGGGUAUCGAUCUGAUUGCUGAUGUGAUGCCAUCUGUACUCGAUGCCCGCCCUAACGUUCAACUAAUCUGUAUUGGACCGGUCAUUGAUCUUUAUGGGAAGUUCGCUGCACUGAAAUUGGAUCGCAUGAUGAAGCUUUAUCCCGGUCGAGUGUUUUCCAGACCUCACUUCACCGCGCUCCCACCAUAUAUUUUCUCCGGCGCCGAAUUUGCAUUGAUACCCUCUCGCGAUGAGCCUUUUGGUUUGGUUGCCGUCGAGUUUGGUCGAAAAGGAGCACUGGGUAUUGGAGCUCGUGUUGGCGGGUUAGGGCAAAUGCCCGGUUGGUGGUACACUGUUGAGUCUACCACUACUUCCCACCUGCUUCAUCAGUUCAAACUGGCAAUCGAUGGUGCUUUGAAUUCAAAAGUCAAGGUUCGCGCGGAGAUGCGUGCCAGAUCAGCCAAACAACGAUUCCCCGUUGCUCAGUGGAUUGAAGACCUGGAAAUCCUUCAAAGCACCGCCGUUAGAAUUCACACAAGAGAGGCAGUCAAGUCAAACGGACAAAUUUCUACACCAACCGGCUACCGUACGCCAAGCGGCUCUAUCAGCACUCCAUUGUACGCCUCGACACCAGGUCCUGUUUCUGGUAUGCAAACGCCCCCUCUUUUGGAUUCUGGCAACAUGGGCUACUUAAGCAUACGCCAUAGCAGCCUUGGUCCACAGCAAAGAAACACCAUUGUAUACAGCAGGGAUCCAAGUCCUGACUCAGAGACUCGACACACUUCUAGUCUCUUUCGGCAACUGUCCCUGGGUGUUCGAGCUGGCCCCGGUCAUACUGCUGCCAUUGAGCGCCGCAACCGGCUUCGAAGAAAGAGCAACGUUCCAGGCACUGACGAAGUCAUCGAUAGUGAUCGUGAAGCAGACUAUGAGACAGAAGACGAAAACCUCCAGUCUUACUUAACCGAAGACGAAUAUACAGUGACCCCUGAACAAGCUGACAUCAGUCGUCGAUUAGAUGACGAUUAUCCUCUUCCAUCCCCAGUUCACCUACCCAACUCCGGCCACUCUGCUAAUAAUUAUUAUCCAUAUCCGGCGUCUCCUGGCGUCUCAGAGGCAGAUGAUUCUCUUGCACCUCCAAACAGGCCUUUUGUGGACGCCUCGAAUCGGCUUAGUAACUCGUCUGUCUUGUCUUUUGACUCCGUAGUGGGCGACAAGAAGAACUUUAAGCUGCAAAAGGUUGACCCAUUCUUCACCGACAGCACUGGCGAAUUCUAUCGCACGUUUGAAAAGAAGCUAGAGGAGCUCAACGGUUCCAACUCAGAUUCACAGCUAUGCAUCGAGGAAUUUUUAGUUAAAAGCGAGAAAAAAUGGUACGACAGAUUCCGUGCAGCUCGCCUUGGUCGAGACUGGUCACCAGCUCCAUCGCUCAAAGGGAAAGACAACCUCGCCUCACCCGCAGCCUCAAUUUCAAAUGCCGAUAGUACUAGUGAUAUUCACAAGAACGCCGAUGAAUUCUUCCUCGGAGACGACUACAAACCACCGACGGGCCUCAAGAAAUGGAUGCAACUCCGCAUUGGUGACUGGCCAGUGUAUUCACUUUUCCUCGGUCUUGGUCAGAUCAUUGCUGCAAACUCUUACCAAGUGACACUUCUUACCGGAGAAGUUGGUCAAACUCCACAGAAGCUGUACGCAAUUGCGACCACAUACCUGAUCACAUCCAUUGUCUGGUGGUUCGUAUUCCGCAAUUUCAAGUCAGUGGUGGCACUAUCUACGCCAUGGUUCUUUUAUGGACUUGCUUUCCUCUUAAUUGGAGUGGCACAUUUUGAACAUAACUCGGUCAACCGCGGCUGGAUUCAAAAUUUUGCAAGUGGUAUCUACGCCACUGCAUCCUCCAGUGGCUCGAUUUUCUUUUCGCUGAAUUUCGGGGACGAGAGCGCUGCACCUGUCAAGGACUGGGUUUUCCGAGCUUGCAUCAUACAAGGCACUCAGCAACUAUACGUUGUGGCUCUCUGGUAUUGGGGUUCCUCGCUAUCUAAGCAGACUCAAGCUGGUAUUACCGAUAUUCAGCCUGUUAUCAACAGCUGGAAGAUCACUGCUAUAACAGUACCGAUUACCAUCUUUCUCUGGACUAUAGGAAUUUUGCUCGCGUUUGGUCUGCCGGACUACUACCGGCAAGCACCAGGUAAGGUUGCAUCUUUCUAUAAGUCCAUCUUCCGCCGCAAGAUCAUUAUGUGGUUUUUCGCGACGGUCCUGAUCCAAAACUUUUUCCUUUCGGCACCUUAUGGACGAAAUUGGAGUUUCCUAUGGAGCUCCAAUCAUGCCUCGACCUGGCAAAUUGUUAUCUUGGUCGUCGUGUUCUUCAUCUUCGUGUGGGCCGCCAUGUUGGGAAUCAUGUUUUUCCUUUCCAGGUCCCAUAGUUGGAUCCUACCGGUAUUCGCUAUUGGUCUGGGAGCACCUCGAUGGGCACAAAUAUGGUGGGGCACAUCUAAUCUGGGUCAGUAUGUGCCAUGGGCAGGCAGCAUGAUUUCAGGUGCUCUGGUUUCUCGGAGCUUGUGGCUCUGGCUUGGAGUGCUCGAUUCUCUUCAGGGCGUCGGCUUUGGCAUGAUACUGUUACAGACUCUUACCCGACUGCAUAUCUGCUUCGUACUUCUUGGGGCUCAAGUACUAGGCUCCAUUGCUACAAUCGUGGCUCGUGCCGUUGCACCGAAUAAUAUUGGCCCGGGAGAUAUAUCGCCUGACAUAGGGACUGGCGUCAGCAGUAUAUGGGUUCCUUGGUUUUGGAUUGGACUUUUCUUUCAAUUGCUUAUAUGUGCCGGCUUCUUCAUGUUCUUCCGUAAGGAACAACUCAACAAGCCCUAA